AAGAGCACCUCGCUAAUGUCUGUGCUGGUUUUUUACCUUGUAUUUUGUUCUCUCUCUUGCUCUCCCUCUCUCUCUCUCUCUCUCUCUUAGUUGCUUUUGUCUUGUGUAUCCUCGCCAUUUUGUGCCGGCCAUGGGAACCCAAGCUCCAACUGACCAGAACAAUUAUGCCUCUACAGAUAUUGAUGCAAAAUUAGCGAAGCAGAAGGCGAUCGAUGAUUGGCUUCCAAUUACUUCUUCAAGGAAUGCAAAAUGGUGGUACUCAGCUUUCCACAAUGUCACAGCCAUGGUCGGAGCUGGUGUUCUCAGUCUCCCUUAUGCCAUGUCAGAACUUGGAUGGGGUCCUGGUGUGGUGAUUUUGGUGCUGUCAUGGAUCAUCACAUUGUACACUCUGUGGCAAAUGGUGGAGAUGCAUGAGAUGGUUCCUGGGAAGCGGUUUGAUAGAUACCACGAGUUGGGUCAACAUGCCUUUGGUGAAAAACUUGGUCUUUACAUUGUGGUGCCUCAGCAGCUGGUUGUGGAAGUUGGUGUCAACAUUGUUUAUAUGGUCACUGGAGGAAGAUCACUGCAGAAGGUCCACAAAUCUGUCUGCCCAGGAUGCAAAAAUAUCAAAUUAACUUACUUCAUCAUGAUCUUUGCUUCUGUUCACUUUGUCCUCUCCCACCUCCCCAACUUGAACUCCAUUUCUGGUGUAUCUUUGGCAGCAGCAGUCAUGUCCUUGAGUUACUCUACCAUUGCUUGGGCAGCUUCUGUAAACAAGGGUGUGGUAGACAAUGUUCAAUACGGAUAUAAAGCCAAGUCUACAUCAGGAACUGUGUUCGGCUUCUUCAAUGCCUUGGGGGAAGUGGCUUUUGCUUAUGCCGGGCACAAUGUGGUUCUGGAAAUACAAGCAACAAUUCCAUCGACGCCGGAGAAGCCUUCCAAGGGACCCAUGUGGAGAGGAGUAAUUGUUGCCUAUAUAGUUGUGGCUUUGUGCUACUUCCCAGUUGCUCUCAUCGGCUAUUAUAUAUUUGGCAAUUCAGUUGACGAUAAUAUCCUCAUCUCACUAGAAAAACCUUCGUGGCUCAUUGCAAUGGCCAACAUGUUUGUUGUCAUCCAUGUUAUUGGAAGCUAUCAGAUUUAUGCAAUGCCAGUGUUUGACAUGAUAGAAACUGUAUUGGUAAAGAAGUUAAAUUUCAGACCCACCAGAACGCUUCGCUUCAUUACGCGCAAUAUAUAUGUCGCAUUCACCAUGUUCGUUGGUAUUACCUUCCCUUUCUUCAGCGGUCUCCUUGGAUUUUUCGGAGGAUUUGCUUUUGCACCAACAACAUAUUUCCUCCCUUGCAUAAUGUGGCUUGCCAUCUACAAACCAAGAAAGUUCAGCUUGUCUUGGUGGUGUAACUAUAUUUGCAUCUUUUUUGGUGUUCUUUUGAUGAUCCUUUCACCUAUUGGAGGAUUGAGAACAAUCAUAAUUGAAGCCAAGAACUACACAUUUUACUCAUAAGUCAUCAAGCCUUCCAGGCUGAAUGCCUCAAAGGGUAGUAGGUUGCUGCAGGAUGCAUAUGAAAACCCAUUCAAAAGAUAAAAAAAAAAAAAGAAGAAGAAGAAAGAAGAAAGAAGAAAGCUGUUGAUGACGAUGAAGAAUUAAUUAAGGACUAUAUACCUCAAGGGUCCUGCAAUCAUCGGAGAAAAAUAAAUAAGGUUGCUUUUGGUGAACACUUUGUAGAUGGUGUUUCCGGGGAAAAGACUUUAAACCAUGGGACCAAAUUGAAGGAGCUCCCAAAAGAGCUCUACUGUUUCCUCUUCUCUUUUCUUUUUAUGUGUUUUGUGGAUGCAUGUAUAUCGUCUUAAAUUAAUUUCUUUUUUGUGUUUGUUUCUGCAUUCUGAAGUGGGUAGGUGUGAAAUGUUAGCAGAUUUUCAAUA